AUGCUAUUUGGGGUACCAUUCCCAGAAAGCCUUUCCUGACCUCCCCAGCUGUGUGAGGUGCCCCCUCUGUCCCACAGCCCCCCAUGCUCUCCUCUGGUAGCACUCCCUGUUCUACAAUGACAUAGUCUGUUGAUGUGUCUGUUCCCCCCACUGAACUGUGAACUCCACAGGGGCACAAAUCAUGCCGUCUGUCCCCAGCCCUCCACUCCUAGCCCUGGGCCUUGCUGACACAGAGUAGGAAUAAUUAGGUGAAUGAGAGAGAAUGAAUCCGUUGAGAACCCGAAAUUACUGUAACCCAGUUUUUAUACUGUCUCCUUUGUGUCUUAGAUCAUAGUAAGAUUUUUAAUUAAUGAAGAUGUCACCACUUACUGAGUGUGAUAAGCCCCCCCCCCUUCAUCCCCAUCUCCUACCCUGGGCUGAGACUGUUUCCAAAGGACUCCUCAAGUUGAGAACUCAAGUUGGACCCCACCCUUGCCUAGUCUAACUUCGCACCCUGAAGCUGUCUCCCCCUCUAGCCUUCUCUGGACCCCUGGGAGUGCUGUUCUCCAGAAGAGGAAGGUAGGGAAGGGAGAGUCAGGGAGCUGUUGUCUUCUCUUGUUUACCAUUCAGGGUCCCCUGCCACUUAACCAGCCUAUAGUAUUCAUGGCCAGAAAGUUUGGUUGAUGACAUAACCAUUCAGUUUUUAUUUAGGUCGCAGUUUUAACAUGAUAGAUUGCUACCUACUCCACUACUUGACCUUUCAGUUAAUUCAUUUAUUUAUGCUAAGCAUUUUACAUACCUUCCCACCAGCCCUGUGUUCUCCUCAGCAUUUAGCACGAAUGUGAUGAGUUAACCAUUGAUAUAAUUAUUAGUCUGCUUUUGCUUUGUAAACUCUUGAGAGUGUAGGAACCAAGUCAGUCACUAUUGUACCACUAAGCCUGGUGAUUGAUAAAUUCUAAUGAAUGAAGAUAUAAAUACUGUUAAUCCCAUUUUUCAGAUGAAGAAACGGAAACUCAGAGAAACUAAACAUUUGCCCAAAAAACUCCUACUAUAGGUACACCUACCACCGCCUCAUAAAGUACCUUCUUAUGUACUGUGGGGUAUUUAGCAAGACUUUUUUUUUUAACUCGAGCUGUAACAGGUGAAACAAAUGAACAAACUUCUGAUUGAGCCCCGUUUUUGCUGGGGAAGGGGGUUCUAGGUGCCAGAAGCAGGCCUUUGUGCCUUGGUGAAAAGUACCUGCUGAAAAAAUUGGGAUCAGUCCUUGCUCUGCCCGCAGGCAUACCUUUGGCGAGGACCUCUGGCUCCCACCACCACUUAGUCCCCUGUCUUAAGCACUUAGAGUGGGUAAGUAAGGUGAAAGUCAGUGUCGAAUGCCACACUGAAGCCAAAGCUGGAGAAUGGGAUCACUUUCAGUCUACACACAGGGUUUAAUGCCCCAAAUCACAUGUUUUGUUUUUUGUUUUCAUUUGAGCCAGUAUUUUUAAAAAUCAAUUUCCCACAAAACUGGAUUUGUGCCAUCUGCUGCUAAAAAUCUGGUACUGCUAGGCCCAUGUUUCCAGAAGUUAGUCAUCUGCAGUCUCUGGGAAGUGUCUGCCCUCUUCAUCAUAUGAAGGACACCUGAUCUGUGCCAGGCCCUGGGCUAGCUGGUAUACAGAAGUGAAUCAACUGUGGACCCUCCUCACAAGGGGCUCAUUUGGUCUAGAGAACAUGUAUAUAGCAGUCAUGGUAAGGCUAGAAGAGCGUUGCUUUCUCUGAGUUAAGGCUCAUAGGCCUCUCUGGUUCCAUCCAAUCUCCUUUGCUUAUUUUUGUAACUUGUAUGCAUUUAAAUGCAGGACCUUGAACUUAAUUGGAAUCCCAAAAGCCUUUUCUUCUAAUUGUUUAGGCCCCUAAACAACAUUGAUACAUUCACUGAAAACCCAAAUCCUUGUUUGUUUGUUUUUUCCCCCCAUAAGAAGACUAAAACAGUUAUAGCCUUCUUAGUGAAGAGGGGAAAAACAAAUUACAAAGCAGUUGAAGGAGGCAGAGAGACAUAGUAUUUAAUCUUACAGACUUGGGGUGAGCUUCCUGCUCAGUCUCCUAGCCUUGUUACUCUAGGCAUGUUUCUUCCCGUCUUUAAGACUCUUAGGCAGCUUCACAAGAGAAUGUGGAGCAGCCCACAUAGCAUCUAGUGCUGCUCAUGCCGGAGCUAGAAUUGGAUGUGGCAUGUGGCAGGAGCCGUUUGGCCUUCCAAAGCCUGAGUGUUCUCACCUGCCGGCCCCACUGGCUGCUUCUAGUUCUCUUGGGCCACUCAGCUUGCAGUCCAGGUGCACACUCACUCAGUAAACCCCCAGGAGACUCACUAGACUAUAAACUGGCGUUGGUAGGGGUUGAGCGCAUCCUGUCCUUCCAUCUCUCCUCUACAGCUUCCCGUGGGACUUUGCCCAGCCUAGUUUAAAGGAACGCUAGAGACAUGGCUCCACCACUGCUCAGAGUUAAACCUACUCCCUCAUGGGACAGGAGCAGAUGACAGUCAGUAUCUUUAUUAAAAUCAUCUCAUUAUAUUUAAUCCACUCAGCAAGUAUUAACCUCUGUGCCAAGGCCUUUAUUCAGAGCGCACAGAUGAAUGAGAUAAUCCCUGUACCCUGAGACUUCCCCCUUAAAAUCACUGCCCACCUAGCCAUUUUAAAUGCAGGUAGGAGGAGAUAAUGCUGAGUAGAGAUCCCUCUCACCUCUGCUCCUUUGUAAACCAGUAGAGCUUCACCAUGUAGAAAUGCCAAAAGACCUUUGAAGAUUAAAACUUCCUAAAAUUUUAAAUUUCCUUAAAAUUUCCCAGAACUAUUAAGUGUAAUAUUGUUAGAUGUACUAUUAAUAUCGUACCACCUUCACUUACUAAGCCUAGAAUUUUGUGAGCUUGGGCUAUGUUCUUAAUUCAUUUCUGGAGUAUUUAUUGUACAUGGUUCUUAUGUGUUCAGUGAGUAGCUGUUAAACUAUAAUAAAAGAAACGUUAGGUUUCUGGCACCUUAUUCUUACUGCCUGCACUGCUAAGCCAGGCUGGCAGUCACUCAUUCAUUCAGGCCCAUUACGCAUGCACUGUGCCCAGCCUUCCUCUCACCUAACCUGCUGUUCAUUUAUUCUACCAACACUAAUAGACUCCUGGUCUGUGCUGGGUCCUGGGCUAGCUGGUAAUAUAGGAUUGAAUCAGACAUGGUCUCUGCCCACAGGGGCUCAUGGUCUAAAGAACAUAUAUGUAAUAAUUACACUUAAGCUAGAGGAGCAUCACUUCCUCUAAGUUGAGUCAAAUUCUACAUCCUGGUACACACCUUUAGAAGUGCUUCAGCCUUUUGUUUGGUUUUCUGUGUAUAAAAUGACAGUGAUACUGGACUCAAACUAGGGUUCAACAGGCACUGAAUGUCAAGCACUGAACACAUGUAGUAGCUAUGAUUAUUAUAGCGCUUUGUUUUGAGGAUGCACAGAUGUGAUAGCCUAGAAAAGGCUUCUUGGAGCUGAGGCUUCAAGGUCAAGUAGAAGGUCCUCCAGAGAAGGUGAGGCAAAGCAGGCAGCGUAGACAAAGACCAGAGUCCAGAACUGCCCAACUCAUGGUGAGUGGUGAGAAGUCUGACUGGAAAGUUUAGUAGGUUUGAGCUUUAAUCUAUAGGCUAUGAGGAGUCAAACAAAGAUGUGGGAAAGUGAAUGAGAGUGUGGGAGGAAGUAAUUUUCAGUAGAAGCAACUGUGAUUGCUUGAUUCUACCUCUCUCGCACCCCAACCUAACUAAUGAUCAGAUCCCCUGUGCUUUGCUAGACCCUGUCCCAGCCCUAUAGUCUCUAGGUUUGGAGCCCAGUAACCUGUUCUUAAAUUGCCUCAGAUGAUUUCUGAUGUGUGGCUGGGUCUGGGAACUGUUUAACUGAGGGUGCCAUGGGGAUCUCUGUGGAGGCCUAAAGUAUUCUUUAAAGAAUGAAGCUUCCUGGGGAAAGAGAGAGCUUUUCCCUAAGCAGAUGAAGGAGCAGCCUUAGUUUUUAAAGAAAAAAAAAGCAAACUUUUUCCAGUUCGCCGUUUGUCCAUAUUCUCCAACUGCUAAUCUUUCUUUGUGUAUCAAAACAUGUGCUGCCAUCUCUGCUGAACAAUUGGAAUGCAGUGACUCAUGGGAUACAGGCCCUGCCCUUGAAAAGCUCACAGUGCUAUGGAGAAGACAGAUUUUGACAAUCAGGGUACAGGUGAUAACCUCUGUUCAGGAGACAUGUAAAAAAAGUGUUAGGGCAUCCCCUAACACAGAGCAAAGCACAGUUUGUUUUGCCUGUAGACUUAGGAGAAUGUAAUACCCAAACUGAGCUUCAAUAGGAAGAGGCAAAGAGGACAGUGUGAGUGAAGAUACACUUUAUGAAUUGGGGAAAGGGAAUGAAUAUUGUAGAAAGGAGUGGUUCAUGGUUCUUCAUGGUGGAAUGUGCAGAGCAGAAAAGAACUGAGGAGAAGAAUGCUUGUGUCCUCGGAAGGACCCUGUGUUUGCACCUUUCAGUUCUGUGCCCAUGUUCCCACUCUCAUCCUUCCAAGUGCAAGAUGGAUGAGCAUGGUGCUGUCCUAUAGGCCACCUCUCCUACAUUCCCUCCCCAAGACUCUUCACUAUCCAGCUCCCUUUGUGGUUUCCCCCACCAUUCUGAAGUGAAUAGAUAUAGAGAAAUUCAGACAGAAAGAAGGGCCUAGAAAUAUUGAAGGUUCUUAUUACGAAGUUGUAGCCAGAGAACAUGAACUGGGGGGGUUAAAGAGACCUUGAAGGUCAUCUGUCUAGUCUUCUGUCCUGUGCUUCAAGUAGUAACUUUGGAUUGGGCAAGUCUCACUUAGUAAGUUUCCCUGUCAUUUCUUCCAGGACAGAAGAGGAAAGAAACUAACGGGUAUUGAGCACCUACUGUGUGCCAGGCCCAGGCCAGGUUCCCCCUACCACCAGCCAGUCUGUGCAGACUUGCUGCCUGCUGUGUCACCGGGAACGCAAAGGCUGGGAAGAAGGCCCUUCCCAGAAUGGACUGGUGUUGCAGGGUGAGAAGCUGCCCCCUGACUUCAUGCCAAAGCUCGUCAAGAAUCUCCUAGGCGAGAUGCCUCUGUGGGUCUGCCAGAGUUGCCGAAAGAGCAUGGAGGAAGAUGAAAGGCAGACAGGUCGAGAACAUGCAGUGGCGAUCUCCUUGUCACACACAUCCUGCAAAUCACAGUCUUGUGGGGGUGAUUCUCAUUCCUCUUCGUCCUCCUCUUCAUCGUCCUCUUCCUCGUCCUCCUCCUGCCAUGGGAACUCAGGGGACUGGGAUCCUAGUUCGUUCCUGUCAGCACAUAAGCUCUCGGGCCUAUGGAACUCCCCGCACUCCAGUGGGGCCAUGCCAGGUGGCUCGCUCGGGAGCCCUCCUACAAUCCCUGGUGAGGUUUUCCCCAUCUCGGAGCACCACCGGCACUCAGACCUCACUGCUCCACCUAACAGCCCCACCGGCCACCACCCCCAGCCAGCGCCGCUGAUCCCAUCUCACCCCGGAUCUUUUGGCUCACCACCCCACCCGCACCUGCUGCCCACCACCCCAGCAGUGCAUUUCCCUGCCCAGGUUUCAGAAUGCCCUGUUGCCGUGGCAGAAUGCCCUGUUGCCGUGGCUGCUGCCCCCCACACCCCAGGGCCAUGUCAGAGCCCCCACCUUCCCUCCACCAGCAUGCCGCUCCUGAAGAUGCCUCCUCCAUUCUCGGGUUGCAGCCACCCCUGUAGUGGGCACUGCAGUGGGCACUGCAGCGGGCCCCUCCUCCCACCACCCAGCUCUCAGCAGCUCCCUAGCACUCACAGCAGGGACCCUGGGUGCAAGGGGCACAAGUUUACCCACAGUGGCCUGACGUGCCAGCUUCCCCAGCCGUGCGAGGCAGACGAGGGGCUGGGCGAGGAAGAGGACAGCAGCUCGGAGCGUAGCUCCUGCACCUCAUCCUCCACCCACCAGCGAGAUGGGAAGUUCUGUGACUGCUGCUACUGUGAGUUCUUCGGCCACAAUGCGCCACCCGCUGCCCCGACGAGUCGGAAUUAUACCGAGAUCCGAGAGAAGCUUCGCUCAAGGCUGACCAGGCGCAAAGAGGAGCUGCCCAUGAAGGGGGGCGCCCUGGGCGGGGUCCCUGGGGAGCCCGCCGUGGAUCACCGAGAUGUGGAUGAGCUGCUGGAAUUCAUCAACAGCACGGAGCCCAAGGUCCCCAACAGCGCCAGGGCUGCCAAGCGGGCCCGGCACAAGCUGAAAAAGAAGGAAAAAGAGAAGGCCCAGUUGGCAGCGGAAGCUCUGAAGCAAGCAAAUCGUAGUGUUUCUGGAAGCCGGGAGCUGAGGCCUGCUAGGGAGAGUCUUUUGGCGUGGCCCGAUCGGGAGCUAGAUCGGGUCAACAGCUUUCUGAACAGCCGUCUACAGGAGAUCAAGAACACCGUCAAGGACUCCAUCUGUGCCAGCUUCAGUAUGUGUGAGCUCAGCGUGGACAGCAAUGGCUUCUCUAAGGAAGGGGCCACUGAGCCAAAACCUCAGAGUCUAGCCCCCUCAAACCCCAGUGGCUCCUCAGAGCAAAGGCCUGACAUUAACCUUGACCUAUCCCCUUUGACUUUGGGCUCCCCUCAGAACCAUGUGUUGCAAGCUCCAGGAGAGCCAGCCCCACCAUGGGCAGAAAUGAGAAGUCCCCACCCACCAUGGACAGAGGUGAAGGGCCCCCCUCCUGGUAUCAUCCCUGAGAAUGGGCUAGUGAGGAGACUCAACACCGUGCCCAACCUUUCCCGGAUGAUCUGGGUCAAGACACCCAAGCCAAGUAACCCUAGCUCUGAGGAGCCAAGCAUAAAGCAGGCCCUUGGUUGCAAGCAGGAGCUGCCUGAGCCUGUGGCCUCAGGUGGGAAGCCACGGAAGGGCAAGAGACAGGGUAGUCAGGCCAAGAAGAGUGAGGUGAGCCCAGCUUCCCAGUCCCCAGCCUGCCUUGAGACUCCCAGUGCCAAGGGCCAGACCCCUAGUCCCAAGCAGCCAAGCAAGGCCCCGGAGCCUCCCAGAGUGGACAGCUGUGCUGAAGCUGGAGAAGGGGGCCAGGGGAACCAACCAGGACCAGGCUGGGCCGACAGCCCCAAAGCUGACAAGGAGAAGGGCAGCUCUUGGCGAAACUGGCCAGGUGAAGCCAAGGCACGGCCUCUGGAGCAGGAGUCUGUACAGCCCCCAGGCCCAGCAAGGCCGCAGAGCUUGCCACAGGGCAAGGGCCGCAGCCGCCGGAGCCGCAACAAGCAGGAGAAGUCAGCCUCCUCCUUGGACGAUGUGUUCCUGCCCAAGGACAUGGAUGGGGUGGAGAUGGAUGAGACUGACCGGGAGGUGGAGUACUUCAAGAGGUUCUGUCUGGAUUCUGCAAAGCAGACGCGUCAGAAAGUUGCAGUGAAUUGGACCAACUUCAGCCUCAAGAAAACCACUCCCAGCACAGCUCAGUGAGCCCCUGCCAGAACCAGCUUCUUAAGGGUGUCCUGAGACCCCAACUGCCAGCCGAAGGUCUACAGUUUUCUCCAUCACAUCCCCACCUACCUGCCCAAGACCCCACUCCCCGCUCCACCAUCCUGGACCAACCAAAAGCUGAAUAGAUGCUGUUCAUGCUGGGGCCCCUCAGGACCUCCGCAGAGCCGCUUCCUGGUGCUACGCAGCCUCCACACUCAGAGCCCGGAGGCUGGGCUGGCCGGUGGGCUUGGGGGCUGAUGGUACUGCUGGCCCAACACUGCUCUUUUUGUGUUUGGUUUUUUUGUUUUUGUUUUACUUGUUUUUCAAUUCUUUACUUUUGAUACUGUGAAAAUCUUUCCUGCCGAAAGAUAAAGCAACAUUUGGACACAGA